ACCGAUCGCUGCUUUUCGUAUAAAUAUUGGACCUUUCGGUGAUGCAAACGUCAGACACAACCGAGUGGUCAAAGUCAAAGAACUAAAUUCAAAAUGCGUGCCUUCAUCGUUAUGUGCUUGGUGGCAGUCGCCUGCGCCGAUAAGCUCGGCUACAACUACCAGCCCGUGGGUCACUCCAGCUCCGGAUUGUCCUUCGCUCCUGGCAGCGGUUCCAUUGGAGGUGGCUCCAUUGGAGGAGGCUCCAUUGGUGGUGGCUCCAUUGGAGGUGGCUCCAUUGGAGGUGGAUCUAUCGGAGGAGGCUCCCUGGGAGGCAGCAUUGGCAGCGGUGCCGGUCUUGGCGGUCUCAGCAGCUUCGGUGGUGGCAGCAUCGGCGGCGGUGACUCCCUGAGUGCCCCCGUUUCCUACAGCGCCCCUGCCCCCGCCGCCGAGCUGGAGAAGGAGUUCUUCACCUUCACCGCCAACGAGCAGGACUUCGAUGAGCCCCAGCAGCUGGAGCGUGUGUCCUCCGCCCUGAACAAGGCCCUCCGUGUGGUCUUCAUCAAGGGGCCCGAGAACCGUGGCCUGGAGAACGCCGCCCUGGCUUUGGCCAAGCAGGCUGCCCAGCAGGAGACCGCCAUCUAUGUGCUGAACAAGCAGGCCGAUAUUGGAGAUCUGGCCAACAAGCUGAAUGCCAUCCGCAGCAACAACAACAACAAGCCCGAGGUGCACUUCGUCAAGUACCGCACUGCCGAGGACGCCGCCAAUGCCCAGCGCGCCAUCCAGGGUCAGUACGACCAGCUGGGAGGAUCCAGCCAGGCCCACAACGGCGGUGUUGCCCCCGUCCUGAACUUCGCCUCCGCCGGACCAGUGCGUCAGGCCACCGCCCAGAACCCCGACAAUUCGUACCUGCCCUCCUCGGUCUUCCGCCGCGUCUAAGUCGCUCGUUUCACUUGAUUAGUCGAUUAGUCGAUUCGAAAAUGGCAGCGAUCUUUGACUGACUUUAAAUCCUAGUUAUUGUUGACUAAUGCUUAAAUAAAUUCAAUUUUUAAAUUUUAAA